AAACCUUUUAAUCUCCCCUUUUUCUCUCUCCUCUCCUCAACUUUCUCUCUCCUCUCAACCCUCACUUUCACUCUCCUCUCCUCUCAUCAAUGGCGAAAAAACUCAACUUCAAAUUCAAAUCCUCAGAAAAAAUCUCAAUCAGAAAUCGAGAUAAUCUUCCAGAAAUUCGACAAAAACGGCGACGGAAAGAUCUCGGCGUCGGAACUCAAGUCGCUGUUACACGCCUUAGGAUCGGAAACAUCGUCGGAAGAAGUGAAGAAGAUGAUGGAUGAGAUGGACAAAGACGGCGACGGUUACGUCGAUCUAACUGAAUUCUCCGAGUUUCACGCCGGAUCUGGCGGCAAUGCCGGCUCCACUAAGGAACUUCAAGAAGCUUUCAGUUUAUACGAUAAAGAUGGCAACGGUAAGAUUUCAGCGCGUGAGUUAUACGAUGUGUUGAAGAGUUUAGGUGAGAAAUGUUCAUUGAAAGAUUGUAAGAAGAUGAUUCAAUCUGUUGAUGCUGAUGGUGAUGGUCAUGUCGAUUUCGAGGAGUUUAAGAAGAUGAUGGCCGCUUGAUUGAUGAAAUCGUUCGUUAAUCUAGAGAGAGGAAGAAGAAGAUUAAUUGUGUAUAGGUGAUAAUUUUUAAUUUUAAUUUUAAUUACUACUUUUUUUAAGUGUAAUUUUUUGAUUGUUAAUUAGUGGUUGAAUAUACUACUGCUAGUUAAUGGUUUCUUAAUUGACGAUUUUUAGGGAUUUAAGAAGGGAAAAGUAUUCUUGUGAAUACACUUUGCUUGCUAACUGGUUUUAGUUUAAUAUUUCUGAUUUUAAUUCGUAAUUCUCUUUUUGUUUAUUUUAUGCUAAUUGUGGAGUUAUUCGAUUUAGAUUCAGUUAGGUUUUCUAUUCAAUUGCUCAAUUACUAUAUAGUAUGAGUUAGAGGAAUAUUGUGUUUUA